AGGCGCGACAGUCAAAUGUCAAAACAUAUUUAGAUAUGUUGUUGCUACGAAGUGAAUAACACGGAAACCGAAAAAGUGUGCCGUAACACAGUAUUCCAAGAGAUUUCAACCCCGUACAUGGAAAGCGUGUCUUCUAGUCCCUGGUACUGGACAGAUAUCUUGCACGAGAAACUCGCCGGGGAAUAGAAAUUGCUUGGCCAAAGUCCAACAACGUUCAUUCGGUUUCUAGACCCUGCGCAAAAAGGAUGGUCUUCACGCAAUCCCCGGCUAAACAACAGUGAUAUAUCGAUCCGCAAUGAAACGUAAAUACAAACUACUAGUCUAUUCCCUAUUGUGGGUUAUUGGAAUAGGUUUGUUUAUCUGUGUUGUAGGAACUAAGAAGGAUGUAGGAAACAAGGCUCUUCGCUUAAAGUUGAAAAAGGAUGAAAUUCCCUCUAUAGACCUACUUGCUUCCAACUCAUCUUUGGCGUAUUUCAAUGAAAAGGCAUACAUUUCAAAAGGCAAACUGAAACCUGGCGAAGAUGCCUAUCACAACAACAAAUUCAAUCAAGAAGCAAGUGACACAUUAGAGUCUAACAGGGCAAUACCAGACUACCGCCAUAAAAAAUGCCUUGAUUUGGAAUUUCCAAAGGAUUUACCCUCAACUAGUGUUAUCAUAACCUUUCAUAAUGAAGCCAGAUCAACAUUACUUCGCACAAUUGUCAGUGUGCUCAAUAGAAGUCCAUCACAUCUAAUUAAGGAAAUCAUUCUUGUAGAUGAUUUUUCGAAUGACGCUAGUGACGGAAGGGAGCUGGUCCAGAUAGAAAAGGUGAUAUUAGUGCGAAAUUCAAAACGGGAAGGAUUAGUUAGAUCUCGCGUUAAAGGGGCUGAAAUCGCUACAGGAGAGUUUCUAACAUUCUUAGAUUCCCAUUGUGAAUGCAACGAAGGAUGGUUAGAACCCCUUUUAGCCCGUGUAGUCGAGGAUCGAACUAGAAUAGUUUGCCCCGUCAUUGACGUAAUAGCAAUGGAUAGUUUUCAAUAUAUUGCAGCUUCAACUGAACUACGAGGAGGUUUCGACUGGAAUUUAGUAUUCAAAUGGGAAUUGCUGCCAGCCGAAGAAAAGGCUAACCGUAAGAACGACCCUACCAUCCCAAUUAGGACACCAAUGAUUGCCGGUGGACUUUUUGUCAUUGACCGGCAGUACUUUCAAAAAUUAGGUUCUUAUGACCUCCAAAUGGAUAUCUGGGGUGGGGAGAAUCUUGAAAUUUCGUUCCGCACUUGGCAGUGUGGUGGUCGCUUGGAAAUUGUUCCUUGCAGCCGAGUGGGACACGUUUUCCGUAAACAACAUCCUUAUUCUUUUCCAGGUGGCUCCGGGACAAUCUUUGCCCGAAAUACUCGCAGGGCGGCGGAAGUUUGGAUGGACGACUACAAAAAAUACUACUUUGCAGCCGUACCGAUGGCUAGAACUGUAACGUUUGGAAACAUCACCGAUCGCCUUGCUCUACGCAAUAGUUUGAAUUGUAAACCCUUUAAGUGGUACGUCGAAAAUGUUUACCCGGAGCUAUUGAAACAUUUGCCUACAGUGCGUGACCCAAGUGGAACAAACUCAGGUGCCAUAAAAUAUAAAUCGCUCUGUUUCGACACAUACGGCCGAGGUGCCGGAAGCCACAUUGGUCUAUAUGCAUGCCAUAUGACUGGUGGCAAUCAGGCAUGGACUUACCUUAAUGGUAGAUUACGUCAUGGGUCAUGGUGUCUGGCUCCUCCAACUCCAGCUUACGUCGGGGCCCAGGUGAUUACACUGCCCUGCAGCUCUAGCAACGAUCAGCUAUGGGACAAAUUGGAAAUAGGCCAGUUGCGUGGUGUUACCGUUGUCCAUCGCCUCUCCAAUUUAUGUCUUGAUGCACGAAAUGCUCAAGAGAUCACAGUGCAAGAAUGCCACCCCAGACUGGAUACCCAAGAGUUUGUCUUCACUCGUUAAGAAUCAAAUCCCUUCACAAAUUGCAAAUCAGAAAGCUAAGAACGUUUUUCUGUAAUGCAACCAUCGCCACAUGAUCCUGCUUAAUAUUAACAACGUUCUAGUCAUAGGCAGAUGGAGCAGCGUCUUCAUUCAUGGAGCUUGAAAUUUGUGCCAGACCUUACGAAAAUUUACCUUUUUACAUACUUAAAACUAUGAAUAAAUUUUAUAGUGCCAUUAUUUACCGUCUUUAUUUCAGUCAGUUGGGAAUUUCGUUUGGAUUUUACAUAUGUUUACGCUUUGCUUGGCCUUUGCGGAUUUUGUUUUUCAACUCUUCCACGUUAAUGUCAGAGGUCGAAGAUUCCUUAGCUCCAGACGAUGUGCUUGGUUCUUGAGGGGGAAUAAACGCACUUUCUCGACGUUC